AUGGAGCCCCUCUCCUUGCAGGAAUAUAUCUGCUCCCUGGACCCCGCCACCCUGCCCCGCAUCCUCAGGAUUUGCUCCGGUGUCUACUUCCAAGGGUCUGUGUACGAGAUCUCAGGCAACGAAUGCUGCUUGUCGACGGGUGACCUGCUGAAAGUCAUGGCCGUGGCACUGCAGAAAGUCAUUUGUGAGGACACAGAGACGGGACAGACAAUGGAGCUGCCACCAACCUUUAAGGGCAUAGAGAGCAACAGCACCGAACACGAUUACGAAAUUGUUGAUGACAACGUGCAAAAGACAAUUCGCAAAAUGCAGGCGAUGUUUCCUUUGUAG